AUCUAUGCACUGGGCAGCCAUUUGUAAUAUUUCCCGUUCGUUGCCAAUUGAUUGAGUACAAAAAAAAUAUUUGGCGAAAAUGUUGAAAUCCGCAUCAGGUGCGUUUGCAAAUGUCCUUAAAAGAUCAUUAGUUCCUGCCGUAAGGGUCAGCGCCGUAUCUGUACGGAGAUCACACGGAGGUCCAGUGGAAAGUGACGAAGAAUUCGAUAACAGAUAUGAAGCAUAUUUCAACAGAAAAGACAUUGAUGGUUGGGAAAUCCGCAAAGGAAUGAAUGACCUCUGUGGUAUGGAUCUCGUUCCCGACCCAAAGAUUAUCAAAGCUGCCCUUCAUGCAUGCAGACGAGUCAAUGAUUAUGCCCUUGCAGUCAGGUUUAUAGAAGCCUGCAAAGACAAAUGUGGAAACAAAGUGAAUGAAAUCUACCCAUACAUCAUUCAAGAGAUCAAGCCUACUCUCACCGAACUGGGUAUUGACACACCUGAGGAGCUUGGCUACGAUAAGCCAGAACUCGCUUUAGAAAGUGUUUACCACAUGUAAAGCUGUUGACUUAUGCUGUAGUAAAAUUAAAAAAUAGUUUUUU